AUGGCAAAACAAGUUCAAAACAACAAAAACAACAACAACAACUUUGAUGAGAAAGACAGAAUUAGCGCCAGACCUCUAAUCUUCGAUGGUGAAAACUUCGAUUAUUGGAAAGAUAUAAUCAAAAGUUUCUUUCUAUGUUAUAAUGCUGAUCUCUGGGGACAUGCUAAAACCAUAGAGACUAAGAUUCCAGCAAGAGAAGUAACAGCAACAAAGGUAUUUGUGAUAGAGAAUGCAGCUGAGGGUGCAUCAGCUUCCCCUGGAUUUGAUGCUGGACCAUUUGUUCCUGGUGCUGGUGGAGAAGAGGUGUUUGGGGUUGGUGAUGAAAGAGAAGGUGCUGGAGAAGAAGUGGUAGCAGGAGAGGGUGUUGGUGAUGUGUUUGUGGAGGGUGAUGGAGCUGGUGCUGAAUUAGGUGAUAAUGAUCGGGUAGGUGUGGGUGCAGGAGCUUGUUGUGCUAUGCAUGAGGUAGCCAAAAGCCCCAAUAUGAAAAACACUUUGAUUGCAACAGAACCCAUGUUAUAUAUGUUUUUGAUAAAGAAAAUUGUUUAUGAGAAAUUUGAGAAGAGAGUAUAAAGAUA